UAGAACAGCUGUUUCGAAAAUGAUAAAUAAAUUGUUAAAUAAGGAAAUUAAAAAAAGAGAAACCAAAAACUUGUGAAAUUUUUGGAAAAAAAGAUGUCAUCAUUAUUAAAAUCCGUAGCUCUUCUCAAUAGUAUACGUUGCUUUUUAACUAAAUCUGGAAAUCUACGCGAUGCAUAUCAGGCAAAGGAAGCUUCUGGAAACUUUCGGAACUUAUGUAGAAAGCGGAUGAGCACAACGUCAACAAAGAUUCCUAAUGAGGUUAAAAAAUCGAAAAAUCCUGUAAAGAUAACCUUAAUACAAAAUCAAAACGUGUCGGUAACUACACUGGAAGAAGCAAAAAAUUUGGCCAAGAGAAGAGCUAUGCAUCUAAUACAAUUGCAGGAGUUAGAUACGAAGACUCAAAGGCCGGUGUACAAAUUAUUAACUAAUGCUGAAAUAUUAGUCGAAGAACUAUCAGAAUUAAAAAGCAAAGACUCCAACGAUGCACCAGCUGUAAUACCAACAAAGCCUGCACAAAAAAAAACCGAAAAAUCUCUAAACAUUGGUUCUCGGAUUUCUGAAAACGAUUUGAAUGCACGUUUAAAGAAUAUUGCUAAAUGGUUGAGUAAAGGUCACGAAGUGCGUAUAUUAAUACAGAGCACAGGAAAUGAUACAGCAAAGUGUGAUCAGAUUUUUAAAUCUAUUGAAACUUUUAUUAAAACUCCCGAAGUAGCUUUGGGAAAAAUUGUACAGAAGCAUUCAAAGGGAACGGCUAUAAAAUUCAGCAUAUUACCAGUAACAAAUUUGGCAACUGAAAACGCAGACUGCGGUAAACUUUCGCCGAGUCAGGCCUGACUCAGACAUGGUGCGAGCUGUUCAAAAAAAAAUUUCUGCUUGAAUAUGUGUAUUAGACAGAUGCAUAGUGAACAUUUUCCACACCCCAGUGGCUUUACUAUUUUCCUUAUUGUUUCGUUAUUUAUUUUUACAAAAUACUUUCUAUGGCAUCGCAUUUUGAAGGAAAAUAAAAAACCGGAAGAGAAGGAAAAGAAAAAGAGACCUCAUCAUCCCACUUUAAAUCCACCCCCACCUCGUCAUCCCCAUUCCCAUCC